CUCUCUCUCUCUGUGGUUAUUUUCAGGCAAAGUGGGCGAGCCGGUCUACUCUCCUGGUCACAGUGGCUCUCAGACGACGUCGCCUGUCGCCUUGCCGCGGCUUCGUAACAACAACCACAACCCCCUGACGGGAGGCUCUAAAGCCGCCAUGUCGGACGCCGUCCAGCUAUCAGCGCAGUCGCAGGUCCACGUCACCCAGCUGUACGAGGAGAACACCAACAAGCGUCCGGUCCUCACCUCCCAGCCCAACGGCCUGGCUCCGCUCAGCUCCACCCGGUCGGGGCUGCCACUGCCGGACCGCCAGACCUCGGCCUCGGAGCCCGCCCACCACUGCCGGCAGGGCAGUGCCGCCUCCAACAAGACGGCGGACGGCAAGCCAAAGCCCACUUCCUUGACCCCGGAGCAGGCCAUGAAGCAGUUCAUGUCCAAGAUGUCGUCAUUCGAGCACCACGAGGUGUUCAGCUACCCUGAAGUGUAUUUUGUGGGUCCGAAUGCCAAGAAGAGGUCAGGGGUCAUGGGCGGCGCCAACAACGGCGGCUACGACGAUGAUCAGGGAUCCUACAUCCACGUUCCACACGACCACAUUUCCUACCGCUACGAAGUCCUGAAGGUCAUCGGCAAGGGCAGCUUUGGACAGGUGGUGAAGGCCUUCGACCACAAGUCGCAGACCCACAUCGCUCUGAAGAUGGUCCGCAACGAGAAGCGCUUCCACCGGCAGGCGGCGGAAGAGAUCCGCAUCCUGGAGCACCUGAGGAAGCAGGACAAGGACUCGAGCAUGAACGUUAUCCACAUGCUGGAGAACUUCACCUUCCGAAACCACAUCUGCAUGACCUUCGAGCUGCUCAGCAUGAACCUGUACGAGCUCAUCAAGAAGAACAAGUUCCAGGGCUUCAGCCUCCCGCUGGUCAGGAAGUUCGCCCACUCCAUCCUGCAGUGUCUGGACUCGCUGCACAAGAACCGCAUCAUCCACUGCGACCUCAAGCCCGAGAACAUUUUACUGAAGCAGCAGGGACGCAGCGGCAUCAAGGUCAUAGAUUUUGGUUCCAGCUGUUAUGAACAUCAGAGAGUUUACACCUACAUCCAGUCCAGGUUCUACCGAGCGCCAGAGGUCAUUCUAGGCUCCAGGUACGGGAUGCCUAUCGACAUGUGGUCUCUGGGCUGCAUCCUGGCCGAGCUGCUCACCGGUUACCCACUGUUGCCGGGCGAAGACGAAGCCGACCAGCUGGCCUGCAUCAUCGAACUACUGGGCAUGCCCAGCCAGAAGCUCCUUGACGCCUCCAAGAGAGCGAAGAACUUUGUGUCGUCCAAAGGAUACCCGCGGUACUGCACUGUCACCACGCUGCCCGACAGCACCACCGUGCUGAACGGCGGCCGCUCGCGACGAGGGAAGGUACGCGGCCCACCGGGAAGCAAGGACUGGAGCACGGUGCUGAAAGGCUGCGAUGACCCGCUGUUCUUGGACUUCCUCAGACAGUGUCUGGAGUGGGACCCUGCGCUCAGGAUGAUGCCCAGCCAGGCGCUGCGCCACCCGUGGCUGAGGAGGCGACUUCCCAAACCGCCAACGGGAACCAGCUCGGCGGAGAAGACCUCCUCCUCCUCCUCGUCCUCCUCCAAACGGGGCAUCGCCACUACCACCGACGGCGCCAUCACCUCCAUCUCCAAACUCGCCACCACCUCCUCGACCACCACGUCCUCCUCCUCCAAAACCAGGACUAACUUGGCAGCGAUCACCGAUGCCAACGGAAACAUCCAGCCUAGGACGGUUCUGCCCAAGCUGGUCAGCUGAGAGUGAACGCACCCCGCUCACUGUGGUGGGAGUUUGUAAGCUGUGCUCACGAGCGACCAGCUGGAACUGAAUAAAAACUGGUUUGUCCAGUUUUUGAAGAGCGUUUUGGUUUUUUUCACGCUGGUUUUCGCAGCGUUGUUGGAGUGCGUUCAGGACGAACACAGUCGUGGAAAAAAACGCGUUGGGGGGGUUGUUGUUGUUUUUUAAAUGUGCAGAAAGGCCGGGGCUGGGAUGUAAGCCGAGCUGAAGGAAACUUAUUGAUAAAUUGGGGUGCGUUCAGACUCCUCAAAUUCUCAGUCCUGUCUGAAACAAAAAAAAAGACGACAACGUUUUUACGUUGUGAGCAGCAAGAACAAGAAGUGACCACAUGUUUGAAAUGAUUGUGGGGCUGCUCAGACAAUCAGAAACACACCACUCUGUAGCUCCAAACACACAAACACAUCAAAAACAUGGUGCUGACGGAGGGAACAAGGCUUUUUUUUAUGUUUUUAGCACAGAAUCUAUUUAGCUGAGCUGAUAGUCGAUUAAUCGAUUAGACACCAAAAACAAUUUUUACGACCUUUAGUCUUACAAGGUUAUAUCUGCGGACAUUUGUAGGGUAACUGCUCAUGAAAUGGGUUCAUGUGGCAAAUAAGUCUGGUAUAUCCUGAUAAAACUAAGGCAACAGCUGCAAAAAAAAAAAAAAGCAACGAUUAGCUUGCUAAUCUUUGUUUCAUGUCAUCAUGAAAUAGUUUUGUGUUAGGUUUCAGUUUGGGGGAACAUUUGUGUGAAUUUGAACAAAUGACUGUACAAUUAGUCGACUCCUAACUGAACCAUCUACCUGUUAACUAACCAGUGGUUAGUUGUUAAACAACUGUUUGUUUUGUGUUUAGCUGUCACUUUGCUACCUUUUUAACUUUUAAAUCAGUCAGCUUAGCGACAGCUGGCUUACUAUUUGCCUUUUUUGGCAGUCUGGUGGCUAGCCUUAGCCUUUUUUAGCCAUAGCCUGUUAGCUCUCCACUGCCCAGCCUUACGAAGCACAGAUCUAGAGUUUUAAGUGUUUUAAGUUUUGUGAAGCUUAGCAAGAAGAGAAGUGAGUUGAAGGACAAAAAGACCAGAAAAGAAGCAUGUUUGUGUUCACUUUAACCAUUUUGUUCCCUGUUUAAUUAACCAAAUCUGAUUGUUGAGGACACAAAAUGACUCGAAGGAGCAGUGAAGAAGGUAGAGCGACGCCAGUUUUACAGAGUUAUGAACCAUGUUAAAAUGAAAGGGCUCUGAUAUAAAAGAAAAAGGAGAUGUUGGUAACCAAAGUCUUUUGUACUUGAAAGGAGAACAAAUGAAAGUGUGGCUGCAGUAUGGCCUGAAACAGAAGGCUAGCAUUAGCAUUAAACUAAAAAACAAGAUCAAAAGUUGUUGAAGCUAACGUGGGAGAAACUAUUGCCUGGAUAAAGUAACAAUAUUCCAGACGUCUGCGUCGUCGACAGACCACUUCAGGACCAGUUUAAUGAAUAUUUUAGGGAUAGCCAUUUUAAAUAAUUACUUUUAUGACUUGUAAA